ACAUCAAAGAUGGCUCAAUGCGCAGCGAGCUGAUGACGCCAUAGUGGUCGCAGAUGGUGACGCUAUCGUAGGGCGCCGGGAGCUCGGAGUAAGGCGCUCGAUUUGUCUCACGAGGUGGCGGCAGCAUGGCGGGGGCCGCGGCCGGAGUGAGCCGUUUCAAGGCCAACUAUGCCAUCAAGCGCAAGAUUGAGCCUUUCUACAAGGGCGGGAAGGUGCAGCUGGACCAGGCUGGGCAGCACAUUUUCUGCGUCUGUGGCACCAGACUCAAUGUCCUGGAAGUGGCUUCAGGCGCCGUGCUGCAGAGCAUGGAGCAGGAGGACCAAGAGGAUAUCACUGCCUUCGAUCUCAGCCCUGACGAUGAGGUGCUGGUGACAGCCAGCCGGGCACUGCUGCUGGCCCAGUGGGCCUGGCGAGAGGGCAGCAUCACGUGCCUGUGGAAGGCAGUACACACAGCCCCUGUGGCUACCAUGGCCUUUGACCCCACCUCCACACUGUUAGCCACAGGUGGCUGUGAUGGGGCCGUGCGCGUCUGGGACAUUGUGCAGCACUAUGGGACGCACCACCUGCGGGGCUCACCCGGCGUCGUGCAUUUGGUUGCCUUCCACCCGGACCCGGCACGCCUGCUGCUCUUUUCCUCAGCAGCGGACGCCGCCAUCCGCGUGUGGUCCUUACAGGACCAGUCGUGCCUGGCUGUGCUGACUGCUCACUACAGUGUUGUCACCUCAUUGGUCUUUAGUGCUGACGGCCACACUAUGCUCAGCUCUGGUCGUGAUAAGAUCUGCAUCGUCUGGGACCUGCAGAGCCACCAGGCCAUGAGGACAGUGCCAGUGUUUGAGAGUGUGGAGGCCGCAGUGCUGUUGCCAGAGGAGCUGGCGCUUGAGCUGGGUGUGAAGUCCCCGGGCCUGUACUUCCUGACAGCCGGCAACCAAGGCAUGCUUCGUGUGUGGGACGCAGCAUCUGGGCAAUGUGUGUACACACAGCCACAGCUGACAGGCCCUGGGCAGGAGCUGACCCACUGCACCCUAGCCCGCACCGGCGGCCUGCUUCUUAGUGUCACCGCCGACCACAAUCUGAUGCUCUAUGAGGCACGCUCGUUGCAGCUGCACAAACAGUUUGCCGGCUACAGUGAGGAGGUGCUGGACGUCCGGUUCCUGGGGCCUGAGGACUCCCACAUUGUCGUGGCCUCCAACAGCCCUUGCCUGAAGGUGUUUGAGCUGCAGACAUUGGCCUGCCAGAUUCUUCCUGGCCACACAGAUAUCAUCCUGGCCCUGGAUGUGUUCCAGAAGGGGUGGCUUUUUGCCAGCUGUGCCAAGGACCAGACCGUUCGCAUCUGGAGGAUGAACAAGGCCGGCAAGGUGGCCUGUGUAGCUCAGGGCUCUGGGCACACACACAGUGUGGGCACCGUCUGCUGUUCUAGGCUGAAGGAGUCCUUCCUGGUGACAGGCAGCCAGGACUGCACAGUGAAGCUGUGGCCACUCCCUGAACCCCUGCUGUCCAGGAGCACGGCCUCAAAUGGGGGUCCCGUCCUCCUGCAGGCCCAAGCCACGCAGCGCUGCCAUGACAAGGACAUUAACAGUGUAGCCAUCGCCCCCAAUGACAAGCUACUGGCCACAGGCUCCCAGGACCGCACGGCCAAGCUCUGGGCCCUGCCGCAGUGCCAGCUGUUGGGUGUCUUUUCAGGCCACCGGCGUGGCCUCUGGUGUGUGCAGUUCUCGCCCACGGACCAGGUGCUGGCCACGGCCUCAGCUGACGGCACAGUCAAGCUCUGGGCCUUGAAGGACUUCAGCUGUCUCAAGACCUUUGAGGGGCAUGAUGCCUCCGUGCUGAAGGUGGCCUUUGUGAGCCGGGGCACGCAGCUGCUAUCCAGCGGCUCCGAUGGGCUCUUGAAACUCUGGACCAUCAAGAACAACGAGUGUGUGCAGACGCUGGACGCCCACGAGGACAAGGUCUGGGGACUGCACUGCAGCCAGCUUGAUGACCACGCUCUCACUGGCAGCAGUGACUCCCGCGUCAUCCUCUGGAAGGAUGUGACAGAGGAGGAGCAGGCAGAGGAGCAGGCCAAGCAGGAAGUACAGGUGGUCAAGCAGCAAGAACUGGAUAACCUGCUUCACGAGCAGCAAUACCUGCAGGCGCUAGGCCUUGCCAUCUCCCUGGACCGGACCCACACUGUGCUGACCGUCAUCCAGGCCAUCCACAGGGACCCUGAGGCCUGCAAGAAGCUGGAAACCACAGUGCUCCGACUGCAGCGAGACCAGAAAGAAGCCCUGCUACGUUUCUGCAUCACCUGGAACACCAACUCUCGGCACUGCCACGAGGCCCAGGCUGUGCUGGGUGUGCUCCUACAGCAUGAGGCCCCCGAGGAGCUGCUGGCCUAUGAGGGCUUGCAGGCUGCGCUGGAAGCCCUGCUGCCCUACACCGAACGGCACUUCCAGCGGCUCAGCCGGACGCUGCAAGCAGCCACCUUCCUGGACUUCCUGUGGCACAACAUGAAGCUGUCCCCGCUCCCAGCUGCCCCCCCAGCCCUCUGAGACAUACAUAAAGGUGUACUUUUCUAUCCUGCCUCUGGUGUCUUUCUGAGCAGCACUGUCAUCCCAGGUCCCUGGCCACAGUCCCUUCUCUGCACCCUGACUGAGGUCCCACCAGCCCACCCCUCAGUGUGACCAAACCAAAAAACCAAACCCACUGCCAUUGAGUCGAUUACGACUCACAGCAACCCUAUAGGACAGAGUAGAACUGCCCCAUAGAGUUUCCAGGGAGCACCUGGCAGAUUUGAACUGCCAACCUCUUGGUUAGCAGCCGUAGCACUAAACCACUAUGCCACCAGCGUUUCCACUCAGUGCGAUCAGACUGGGUUUAUUCAGAACAGCUUUACUCAGAAGAAACAGGAAGCU